AUAUCCCAUUUUGGAAUUUUGUCGCUCCAAACUAAACCCUACACUUUCAAUGGAGAACGAAGGAAGCAGCAACAAUGGCAGUGAAGUCCCUCCGUCUCAGCCGCUAGAGUCUCUUUCCAUUUCUCCUCAACCGCAGCUGAGCUUGAAGGAGAGGUUCGAUUUAAUAAGGAGCAUCGGUGAGGAGUGCAUACAGGAGGAUGAAUUGGAGAGAUUGUUGGCGAAGAAGCCUCAGAUUGUCUGCUAUGAUGGAUUUGAACCUUCUGGAAGGAUGCAUAUUGCUCAGGGAGUUAUGAAGGCAAUCAAUGUCAACAAACUGACUUCUGCUGGAUGCAGUGUGAAGAUAUGGAUUGCAGAUUGGUUCGCACAGCUGAAUAACAAAAUGGGUGGUGACUUAAAAAAAAUUCAAGUGAUUGGGCAAUACCUAAUUGAGAUUUGGAAAGCUGUAGGAAUGAACCUCGAAGGAGGUCAGGUAGAAUUUCUAUGGUCUUCUGAGGAGAUCAACUCCCGGGCUCACGAGUACUGGCCCCUUGUAAUGGACAUAGCUAGAAGAAACAAGCUUCCUAGGAUUUUGAGGUGCUGUCAAAUUAUGGGCCGGUCAGAGCAAGAUGAAUUGUCAGCAGCCCAGAUAUUCUAUCCAUGCAUGCAAUGCGCCGAUAUAUUCUUUCUUAAGGCUGACAUCUGCCAAUUGGGUAUGGACCAGCGCAAAGUGAAUAUGUUGGCUAGGGAAUAUUGUGAUGACAUCAAAAGAAAAAACAAGCCUAUUAUACUGUCUCAUCAUAUGCUCCCUGGUCUGCAGGAAGGACAGGAGAAGAUGUCAAAGAGUGAUCCAUCUUCUUCUAUCUUCAUGGAGGAUGAAGAGGCUGAGGUGAACUUGAAGAUAAAGAAAGCCUUCUGCCCCCCAAAAGUGGUGGAAAAGAACCCAUGCCUAGAGUACAUCAAAUACAUUGUUAUCCCAUGGUUCAAUGAGUUCACAGUUGAGCGAAAACCAGAGAACGGGGGUGAUAAGACUUACAAGAGUUUUGAAGAUUUAGUUGGUGACUACGAAAGUGGAGAGCUUCAUCCUGGAGAUCUCAAACCUGCUCUUGCUAAAUCACUAAACCGGAUACUGCAGCCGGUACGUGAUCAUUUCAUUAACGAUCCGAAGGCUAAGGAUCUACUGAAAAGAGUGAAGGGUUACAAGGUUACCAGAUGAUGUAUUGUCUAAUGAAAGCAAAACCACACAUACUGUUCUGACAGAGGGGAUUCCAAACUUUUGGUCUUAUCAUCACAAUAGCAAUGUUAUUAACUUCUUUUUCCCUUGGGAAUAGCAAUACUUUUUUUAAUUUUUUUUAAUGUUAGAAUCUUGUUAUUCAUUCUACACAAGACAAUAUACUGGUGACCUAUUUAUAUUUCAGUAGAAACAAACACAGCAUUUACCCAAAUGAAGAUCAAUUUUGCUUAAA